AUGGAGUCACUUGUCUAUGAGAACUCGCCUUUGGCCGAAUACCUUCAAGGUUCUUGCUACACCCCGCAAUACACGCUUGCCACAAAACUCACCUUGGUCGCAGGAGAAGGGGAACCGGAGGAAACCUGGCAUGUUGCUAAGACACUCACGGACGACGAAGCGGAUCAACCCUCCGACGACUUUGCCCCUCGGGGCGCCUCGCGAUUCCAGGAACGAGUUCGGAAUAAGCUACCCAAGCCCCUCGACCUACAAAAUACACGGCACGGAGUGGUUGUUGGGAAAUUAUACGGUGCUUGCUCGUCCGCUUUGAACGCAAGACUUGGUCGAGGAGACAACGAGCGAUUUCUGGAACAGUUCGGAUACGUUAUCGUCGCUUCGCAAUUAUUAAACGAACACAGCGCGCCGUCCUACACAUCCGCCACAGAUGUUUUGUCAAGUUCGCAACCGUCCGACCUUCCCUCCCUCUCCACAACAUUCGGACUUCAAGGUGCCGUCGUUACAGCCACAACGUCGUUCUCCAUCGCCUGGUUGCUCCACUGGGGCCGGUCAAAAACAGGUUCCGGGCUCAAUCCUCAGAGGGUGGGUGUACUCUUGAUUGUUGUUCCCGUUCUCGGGGUUAUAUUCUAUGCCUUUGCCAAAAGGCAAUGGCUCAAGUAUCUGCGGCACCAAGCCGUGGAGGCUGCUGGUACAUUCAUUGGAAACGCCCAGGGCUUCGAUUCAGCUGCGUCAGCUUCAGUGGUCUUUAUACAGGAGGUGGAGCUCGUUUCCAGAGGAUAUCGGAUAAGCACGCCCUUACCUCCGAUCAGUCGACUGGAAGACCAGGUACAGACUCGCCGAUGCUUGCGUCUUCGGAGAGCAGUGUCAGAAUGCUUUUGGUCGAUGCUCCAACGAUAUAUCCGAUCCCAAAAUACGCUGCGUCCUCUAACGGACGAUGCCAAUCUGGCAAAAUACUACGAUAUUUAUGAUAUUGCGUUGGACGACCUCGAAAACAUCGAGUUGACCUUGUCCCGGCGCAACUUGGAAGACCAAUAUUCACUGCGCUCUUUACGGGAUCUAUUUGGGAAGCUUUACACUGCAAGGAAAAGUGUCUUGUGCUGCUUAUUAGCGCUCAGCGCUGACGGUGGUGGAUCUGAUAUUGCACGAUGGAGCUCCGCUGUGGAAGAGAUGCGUGAGCUCGCUGCAGUCACUGGUACAAGUAUGAGCAAGAUGGCGAGCAUACUGAAUGAGGAAGACAGGAAUACCCAGAUCCCCCCGUCCCCGUUGCCUUCUGCUUCUCCAAGCAAGGAUCACCUACGUGCGCAAGUUCGGAGAUUGAACUCCCUAUCCCAAGGAGUCCGUGCCUUGCAUGCCAAGAUGCACAUCAUCGGUGAGGAGACGAACGCCAAUCUGGAACGUCACGACACCAGUGAAUUUGAAUCCAAUCUCCUCUCCCAAUACGACCUAAUCGGAAACGACAUUCGGUCCUUGCUGGAAGAAUGGGAAGUGGGCAAGGCCGCCAUUGUGAACAGCCAGGAUCGUCUUCAUGCCGCAGAUUACACACGGCCCUCAAGCACCGUUCUACCAAUGUCCCCGACUCCUAGCCUUGGGGGUACCACUGCGGUUGAGGGUAGCCCCACUGAUGCCCUCAAAGCCUUGACUGGAGAGCGGCCUGACUUGACGCACAGCUUCGACGAUGAGGAGAUCUUCGAAGCAGUCGUCCUUCCUGCUGCUAGGAACAAACGCGCAUCACUCACUCGAGAUGAGCGCUUGGCACGCGUGCGGGAAGAACGAGUACGACAGGCCUCUGCUCGGGAGAAGGUAGAUGCCAAUACCAACAUGCUGAAGGAGUUGGAGAUGGUCAUUCAGCAAAGACCGCGAAAAAACCAUUCCAAGCGGGUGACCAUGCUUGAAGCACGACUUGAGCAGGCUUCCCUCCUGAAGCGGGUCGUUGACGCCAUUAAGGACCUUGUCCAAGACUGCAACUUCGACUGCAAUGACUCUGGUAUCGCCCUCCAGGCGAUGGACAACUCCCACGUUGCCCUUGUCUCCAUGCUUCUCCGCGCUGAGGGUUUCUCGCCAUACCGUUGCGACCGUAACAUCGCGCUUGGAAUCAACCUUACCUCCCUGACUAAGGUCCUCCGUGCCGCCCAGAAUGAAGAUAUCCUCACCUUGAAGGCUGAGGACUCCCCCGAUGCCGUCAACCUGAUGUUCGAGAGCUCCGAGACCGACCGUCUUAGCGAGUAUGAUAUCAAGCUUAUGGACAUUGACCAGGAGCACCUGGCUAUCCCCGAGACCGAAUAUGCUGCCUCCGUGACCAUGCCCUCAGCCGAGUUCCAGCGUAUUUGCAGAGACUUGAACGCUCUCUCUGAGUCAGUCGUUAUUGAGGCCUCCAAGGAGGGUGUCAAGUUCUCUUGCUCUGGUGACAUUGGUAACGGCUCUGUUACCAUUCGUCAGCACACCAGUGUCGACAAGCCCGAGCUCAACACCACAAUCUCUCUGUCCGAACCCGUCGCCCUCACUUUCUCCCUUAAGUACCUUGUCAACUUCUGCAAGGCCUCCAACCUGUCCACCUCGGUAACCCUGAACCUGUCGCAGGAAGUUCCCCUGCUGGUUGAGUACGGUCUGGGAAGCGGCCACUUGCGGUUCUACCUGGCCCCAAAGAUUGGCGAUGAGGAGUAG